ACUCUAAAUAAACAUCAUGUAAUUGGCAAAGUCCCAGUCAACGUGUAUCCAUACUACGAGUCCUUGGGCACUGCCUUGUAUGGAAAGGAGAGGCCAAUGUGGAAGAUGCCUGACCCUUUCAUAGAGUGUGUGCAUUCUGCUGUAUGGAAAUUCCUCUCCAUGAAGAGACAGUUGUCCCCCAUCACUGACCAGAUGAAGGCUCACUUCUGUCAAGUAAACAUGGAUACUCCUGAGGUUAAACUCAGUCCUUUGCCAACCCUGCUAAGGCAGAAAGGACUAACAAGCGAAUAUGUAGACGGAUGGAAACAGAAUGCCUCGAUUGUCUUCCGUGACAUCAUGGCCCAAUAUGCUGUGUUUGAGUGUUUUGCAAGUGCCCCAGCAUGGAAGGCAGUCGAGAAAGAAGUCCGCUCGGUGGUGAAAGAGGAUGCUGUCCUAGCUAUGGAUGCCUCCAAAGGGUCUCUGACAGUUGCAGGUCUGGCCGAAGACACGAAGCGACUCAGGGGGCUGGUGGAAGACCUCAUGCAGAGGGCCAUGAGUCGGAUAGAGAGGCAGAGGGACGGCGUCUCGGAGGAGCUGGACGUGUCCCCUGCCAUGUUCUAUAUCCUGCAGCAGGAAGGACUUCGGAAGCGCGCAGCAGACGAAGCCCCAGAGAUGGGUUUUUCUUACAGAGACGACACCAAGAAGUUGGUUCUCUCAGGUCUUGUUGCAGAGGUGUACAAGGUGAAGAACUGGAUCCUGGAGAGGGAGCUCAAGAUGAAUAAGAAGCAGCUGAAGCUGGACCCUUACCUCCUGGACUUCCUGCUGUCAGUGGACAGUAUGGAGAUGUCCCAGGACCUGUUCACGUCCCGGGGCAUCAACGCUGUGUACAGAGUGGAAGGUGGAGAGGUACUUCUGACUGGCAGCUCAGACAGAGCCUUGGCUGAUGCAGAGCAGAGGUUGAAGACUGCCCUGUCCCUGCAGAGCCUUAUGGUGGAGGAUCAGGAGGUGCUGAGGAAGCCUGAGUGGAAGGAUCUUAAUGACCAGCUGGUGGAUGCCUACAACUCCCUAAAGAAAAGAACGGUGGUGAUAAAGCUUCACCCAGAGAGCAGAGACAGAAUCAUUGUGUCUGGCUUCCUGGACCCGGUCAGAGAGGUCAGCAACAGUCUGCGGGACUUUGUUGAAAACUACUCACGAGUCAAAGAGGCUGUCCGUGUCAAGUCCUGUGCCGUGGUUAAAUUCAUCCAGGAGAACAAAUCCCAGGACUGGAAACAUUUUGCCAAGCGUGAUGAGGUGAAUGUCCACUUUGACCCCAGAAGGCCCAAAAUUGUCCUUUCUGGAGCCCGUCUCUAUGUCAAGAAGGUCAAAGAGAACUUUCAGAAGAUGGUGGCACCUUUCUGCACUGAUGAGCUCACCAUCAUGAAGCCUGGAGCAAGGAAGUACUUCCAAGAGAAGGGAAGAAUGUUUGUUUCCAUGGCGAUGAAGGAUUACGGCUGUGUGGUGCUGCUGCAGGAAGACUACAUGCUGGAGGAAGAAGAGGGCGAUGAUAAAGAUGAGGAGGAAGGGUUUGGCCCGUCAUCCUGCUAUGAGGUGAGGACACCCAAUGGAAUCCUGGUCUCCGUCAGUAAGGCUGACAUCUGCAAGUUCAAAGUGGACGCAGUAGUCAACGCAGCCAAUGAAGACCUGCAGCAUAUUGGAGGCCUGGCUUUAGCAUUACUCAAGGCUGCUGGUCCACGGCUGCAGGAGCUCAGUGAUCAACAUGUUCGUAAUAACCGCCGACUGCAACCAGGAGACGCCAUUGUGACAGAUGCAGGCAAUCUGCCCUGUAAGUAUGUGAUCCAUGCAGUUGGUCCACGGUUCACAGACUUUGACCAGCGAACAGCCAUACAGCGUCUGAAACAAGCUGUGAAUGAGAGCCUGAGGGAGGCUGCGAAGGUUAACUGCUCAACUGUUGCCGUCCCGGCCGUCAGCUCUGGGAUAUUUGGCUUUCCUCUGAACCUGUGCACUGAGACCAUUGCUGUGGCAGUGCGUGACUACUGUGAGAACCUGAGGGGUCAGACCUCCCUGACUGAGAUUCACCUGGUGGACAACAGUGACAACACUGUGAGAGCCCUGGCCAGCGCUGUCCAGAAAACGUUCAAUGACCUGCACCCAAAAAUGACCAUGCCUCUGCAGGGUGCACAUAGGGGAAGUGGACAACGGGGAAGUGGACAACGGGGAAGAGGACAACAUAGUUACAGACAUCAAGGACCUGAAUAUCAGGGACAGUCAACACGGGGACAUAAGCAAUGGGAACAUGGAGAUGGAGGAGAAGGUAGAGGAGGAGGGGGAGGUGGAGGUAGAGGAGGAGGUGGAGGUAGAGGAGGACAUGGAGAUAGGGGAGGAGGAGUUAGAGAAAGCGGAACUCAAAGAACUUAUCAUGAAAACCGAGAGGAGCAGAGGAGAGAGUAUGGCCAAGAGAGGAAGUUUGAGGGGGUAGGCAGUGGGGAAAUCCUACAGACCAAUCGCACACAAGAGGGUCUGAAGAUCAUUCUGAGGAAGGGAAAUAUCCAGGAGGAAUAUUCUGAGGGCAUCGUCAACACCAUCUCUGAGGAUUUGGACCUGAGUAAAGGUGCUGUGUCCAAUGCUAUCCUAAAGGCAGCCGGUCCUGGGCUCCAAUCAGCAGCCACAGAUGAGGCUCGCGCCAUCAGAUUGGCAUAUGGUGACGUUGUGGUCACCGACGGUUACAACCUGCGAUGUCAGAGGGUGAUCCAUACUGUCUGUCCCCAUUGGGACCAGGGAGCUGGCUCAGCAGAGAAGAUAUUGAUAACGAUGAUCAGAGAUUGCCUGAGUGAGGCAGAGAAGCAUAGGCUGGCAUCCCUGUCUUUCCCUGCCAUUGGAACUGGGAACAUGGGAUUCCCUAAGGGCCUGGUGUCCAAGCUUCUUCUGCAGGAGGUCAAAGACUUCAGCCAGAGAAGAAACUCAACACACCUAAAAGAGGUGGCCAUCGUGGUCCACCCCAGCGACACCCAAACUGUGGAUUGCUUUAUCAGGGAAUUCAAAGGUCAGACACAAGGGUAUACUUGGCAGAGUUCACAAGGUGCCGGCCAAUCACAACAUCCCAAAUCCUAUGUUGACCAAUCACAACAUGCCAAAUCCUAUGUUGGCCAAUCACAGCAGCCCUCUGGCGCAGGCUUCUUUGGACAGGUGUCAUCCCCUUCUCUGGGUGUGUACAGCAUGCAGAUGGGUCACAUUACUUUUGAAGUUUCAUCAGGAGACAUCACCAAAGAGACCAGUGACGCCAUUGUCAACUCCUCUAAUAAGGACUUUAACCUCAAAUCAGGUGUAUCCAAAUCCAUUUUAGAAGGAGCUGGAUUGAAGGUGGAGUUGGAGUGCUCAGAGAUUGUCAAAUCCCCAAGCUUCCAACCGUGCAGGAUGAUCGUGACAUCAGCAGGAUCUCUCCCAUGCAAACACAUCAUGCACAUUGUGGGACAGAAUGACCCUGAGAUCAUUAAAGAGACUGUGUACAAUGUUCUCAAGAAGUGUGAGGAGCGAAAGUUCAUCUCAGUGUCCUUCCCAGCGCUUGGAACAGGCCAGGGUGGGGCGAGUCCCUCUGCUGUUGCGGACGCCAUGAUUGACGCAGUGGUGGACUUUGUGAAGAGGAAAAAGGGACAGUUUGUGAGAAGUGUGAAGAUCCUGAUAUUCCAGACUGCCAUGGUGACUGAGUUCCACAAGAGCAUGAAGAGGAGAGUGGGAGAAGGAGUGGAGGAAAAGGGCAUUUUUACCAGGCUAAAAGAUACAGUGACAACCUACUUUAUGGGACCCAGUGAUGAGCGCUCUGCCCGUGAAAACUUUGUCAUGGAGGGAGAGGAGUUUGCCCCGACCGUGUUCCAGCUGUGUGCAGAGAGCCCCCAGGCUGUGAGCCGUGCCCGGGACUGGGUUAAAAACCUCAUAGUGAAGGAGCAAACUGAGAAAACCAUCAAGAACCCGUACAUCAGCCAGCUGAGCCAGGGGGAUGUAGAGAAGUUGCAGGCCAUGCAGAGGGAGCUGACGGUCAGGAUAUGCCUGGAGAAGAAGGGCCCUGAUUCCCUGAUCCGCCUGGAGGGCCUGAGCCGCGAUGUGCUUACAGCAGACGGCCUCAUCAGCAACAUGGUCCUGGACCAGGAGAGGGCAGAGAACCGCAGACAGGCAGCUUUCCUGGUGAGCAGCCUGGUGGAGUGGCAGUACAAAGACCACAGUGGGACAAUGGUGUCUUUUGACAUGUUCACCAACUACAUCCUGGAGGAGGCUGUGAGAGACAACAGCAAAGUGACAAUCAAGAUCAACAAUGAGGAUUAUGAGGCAAAUGUAGCCCACAAGAGAGCUGUCAAGAUUGGGGUCAGAAGAGAAAUUGAGUUACUGAGAAAAGACCUGAAAGACGAUACAUCAGUGUCUCUACCUGCACACUGGGAUGACAUGAAGGGUUCCCUCUUAAUGCUGGUCCCACUAACUCCAGGAUCCAAGGAAUACAAAGACGUGGAGAAGAAAUUUCAGAAAACUUUGCUCAACAACAACAUCGUUUGUAAAAAUAUUGAACGAGUCCAGAACCAUUCACUGUGGAAGAGCUACCAGAUAAGAAAGAACCUCCUGGAGGAGAAGAACAAGCACACAAACAACGAGAAACUGCUCUUCCAUGGCACCAGUUCCAACUCCAUCACCCAGAUCAACAGCCAUGGCUUCAAUCGCAGCUACGCUGGAGCACAUGGUGCUGCAUUUGGCAAUGGGUCAUACUUUGCUGUGGACUCCAGUUAUUCAGCAGGAAGAUAUUCUAAAGCUGAUGCACAGGGGAUCAAGCGCAUGUACCUGGCCAGGGUUCUUGUUGGAGACUACACUCGGGGACAAGCAGGCUUGAUUGUUCCUCCUGCCAAACCUUCAGGGAAGGAUGCCGAUUUGUACGACAGUGUCACAGACAACACCUCCAAUCCAACCAUGUUUGUGAUCUUCAAUGAUGUGCAGGCUUAUCCAGAGUUCCUCAUCACAUUCCAGUAAAUCAUAUUUAACUGUACCUUCAUUAGUAUAUCAUUACUUCACAACAAAUUCCAUAUGUCUGUGUAAAGGGUUUUAAUGGUAUGUGGGUUAGUUGUUAUAGCCAUGUCUGAGGUUAGACAUCCUUAGACAACUACUCUUUAUAGACAUAAAUUAUAUUGCUUAGGCCCUGGGCCCAGUUGCAUAAAAGAUCUUAAAUUAAUUUUGUCCUUAUAUUUUCCCUUACAUUUUCCUUAAGUUUAACCUCACUAGGGUAUGUGGGACGGUAGCUUCCCACCGCUCAACAGCCAGUGAAACUGCAGGGCGCCAAAUUCAAAACAACAGA